AUGCCUGCAGUACGUACCUAUCUGCCUGACUCUAAACGCGUCUGUCUGUACACAAAGCUGAGCUUGCUCCCCUGCACCACUGCCCGUCGACCCCCGACCGCGACCACGUCCAACCCCACGUCCAACCUACGCCCCGACCAGAACCUGUACCUGCAGCAGAUCACCUGCGUUCUGCUGAUCGACAGCGACUCGAACCGAUUGUUGGCCAAGUACUACCAGCCGGCGCAGAUGGAUGCCAAGGCGCCAGCGCCGUCGGGCUCGACCAAGCACGCGUUGCAUUCGCUCAAGGACCAGAGAGCGUUCGAGCAGGCCAUCUGGGACAAGACACGUCGAGCGAGUGGUCAGUUCCCCGUCGAUCACGGUCUGCCAGCUGAAGAGUGCGACUGUGCUGAUACAGGUACGCAACGUGCUCCCGCAGGCGACAUCCUGCUGUACAACAACCACCUCGUCCUGUACAAGCCUUCGAUCGACCUCACCUUUUACGUGGUCGGCCCCGAGGGCGAGAACGAGUUGAUGCUGCAGGGCGUACUCAACGCCUUCUACGACGCCGUAUCGCUCUUGCUUAGACACCAGGUCGAGAAACGUGCCAUCCUCGAGAAUUUGGAUUUGGUCGUCCUUGCUUUGGACGAGACGGUCGACAACGGGUACGUGGCCGCGCGCCGAAAGGUCCCUCAGGGGGCUUCCUAACCUUCCUUUCGGCGGCAACGAGCAACGAGCGCCACGAACCAUCACGAUGCUGACAGUCAACUCUGUCUUGUGUUUCUUCGCAGAAUCAUCUUGGAAACGGAUGCGAUCGCCAUCGCCUCGCGCGUGUCCCGACCACGACCCGACGCCGGCGUGAACCUCAGCGACAUCACGCUCAACGAACAGACGCUCCUGGCCGCCUUUUCGAGCGUCAGGGAUCGGCUGGGUCAGCGUAUUCUGUCAUGA